AUGCCUACUGUCAGCUGUUUUGAUUAUCCUGGCUAUGAAGAGCUUGGAAAUAUCUUCAACAUUUCUGCCGCUGUUUCCAUUCCUGCCAGUGCUCGCAUUGUGGCUUGUUCCGGUCAAAUUGCCGACAACCAUGACCCUCUCUGGGGCAAUCACGCCGAACAAUUCGAGAAGUCCAUGGCCAAUAUUCAAAAGUCCCUGGCUGCUGCAUCACCUCACAUCACCAAUCCCGAGCAGUUGUGGGAGGGAGUUUUUUACGUGACCUCAUUCCACGUUGGCGUUUUGUCGCGGGAGGAGCAACUGCAAAUCGCCGAAAUUGCCCGUAAAUAUUUCGGGAAAAACAAGCCUGCUUGGGCCGCGAUCUGUGUGAUGGCCUUGUUCCCACCAGAGGCGUUGGUUGAGGUCCAGGUCCAGGCUGCCUAUUCUGAUGAAAAGAAGGUUGAGAACUGA